AUGGAUUUACUUCGAUAUAGACCAUCUCCUACGGCUACAAUACCUUCACAAGAUAUCAAAGAUCAUACUUUGGACAUCGAUAGGGGACCAAUCGAUGGAAACCGAAUCCUAAGUUGGCAUACUCUUACACAUAUAUAUACGUUACUUAGUGCAUAUGGUGGACCUGCAUGUUUUCUGCCGGCAAAUGCGUACUAUGUACUAGGUUCAACAAAAGGCCCAGUAUUAAUAUUCGAUGAUAAGGAAUACCUUCAGAGUAUUUUGGCACCUAGUUGUAAAGCUACUACGAAUAAAAACCCGAUUGAUUUGAAUAUGAUUCAAGGGGUUCGUUCUCCAGUGACACAUCUGGCAGUUUCUUGGGAUGGGACUCAUUUAGCUGCCGCUUAUGAAACCGGAGAUAUCUUUAUAUGGGAUCUCAAUAACACUACAGACAAUAAGAAUGAUCAAAAUGUUAACAAUAAUAGUAGUAUAGAGCAAAUUUUACCCUUAUACGCUAUAAUACAUAUUACUAAGCAUAUAGGAUCUUCUAUUAAUGGUUUGAUGUUUAGAGGGAAGAGACAUACAGCAUUAGUUGUAAGUGAUCUAAAUGGGAACAUCACUUAUCAUAAUGGACAUAGGACACGGCUAUGGCAACUCACAUACAGUUCUACAGGUAUAUUGACUGUACCUUCGAAUGAAAUAUUGUUAUCUACAUCGUUGCAUACAGUUGGGAAAUCAGAUGGAAUCCUAGCGAUUCUCACUAAUAAACUAUUUUGUUUAACUGCUCUAGAAGAUGCCCUGAACGAAAAUGAUUCUGUAACGUCAAAGUAUCAAAAAAAAUCACCACUGAUUUUAUAUCAAAAAAAUAUUGUUGUAUCAACUUUAUCAAACGAUAGUAAUGGGAUUGCACCUAAUAAUGGUAUUGCUUGGUAUACUGAUCCAACUACAUCCUCAAGUAUAGUAUACUUAUCAUAUUUUAUAAACUCUACUAUAACAGUAUUAGUCCUUAGAACUACCAUACAGACCAAAUUCCAGUUAUUACAAAAUGAUGUGACUUGGAAUGCCCCAGAACCUAUUCUUUCAAUAACUUGGGUAUCAAAGAUCUUACUAAUGAUCCUAACUGUAUCACAUCAAUUGAUAUUUGUACAACCUUAUGACAAUUUCAAAAUUAUUAUGAAGAUAGACUUAUUACCACAGAAUUUAUUAAUUCCACCAAACAAAUUUUUCAAAUUUUAUCAUAAUAAAUUAAUAUUAUUGACGCACUAUUCAUUAAAGAUCGCUAAAUUUAAUCAAUGGUCAACUUUAACACUUAAAAAGGUCCAACGUGGAAAUUAUCUUGGAGCAUUGGACCAAUUAUACAAAUUUUCUGAUCCAAAUUUUACCAUUCCAUCAUUGUUAAGUCUAAAGAUGGAUCCACUUCAAAGAAAAGAACAACUACAUGAUACCUUUAACAAUUUAACUUUUGCAGCAUUAAAAUUCUUAUUAAAGAAACAUGAAUCAAUAAUUAAUGAGGGAAAUGAAUUAGAUGAUAGUGGUACCUUGGACGAUUCCUUGGAUCAAUUACUUGGGUUUGCCAUAAAAGUGCAGGCUCAAUGGUUCCCAGAUAAUGAUGAACAAUUUUUACAAUUUCUUGACCUGACAUGGGAUUCACUGGCCCUUUUAAAUGAUAAAAUAAAAAUGACAUUUAUAAAGACAAUCAUCGAUCUAAUUACUAAUGGAACACUUUCAAUUGUUCCACCAUCCAUCUUCCAACGGAUAUUACAACAACUUGGAGAAGAAAACAAUAUUUUAAGCAAUUUAGAGACACUUUUAUUUAAUUUGACACCAUCUUGUUGGGAUGCUGAUUUGCUUGUGAGAAAAUUACAACAAAUUUCAACUACUGAUAAUUCUCGAAACCAAAUUCUAUUGCCAUACAUAUGGAAUAUAAAAUUCAAAGAUUUUUUAACUCCUUUCAUAGAUUUAAUAUAUUGGAUUCGAGAUAAUGAUACAUCAAAUUGUGAGCUAUUUAAAAUACCCGACAAUGAUGACAAAAAAACUUCAUUAAAUCCACGUUUUGUAUAUGAUUAUUUGACAUAUUUAUAUUCAGACACUUAUUACCCUUCAGGACAACCUCUAGAAGAACUUCUGGUUAAUAAAAUAAAAUCAGAACUAUCUUAUAUUUUGUUUAAUGGUGUUGCGAUUCAUUGGCCCUUGGGGAGUGAGAGUAAAUUGAAUGUCGCAACAGAUAAGGAAAGUGAACAGUCUUUUCCCUAUUUUAAUUUAUUAUUGAAUUAUGAUGUUUCGAAAUUUUUAGCUACUUUGAAUGGAAUAAUGGAAGCGACAUUUUUGAAUGAAGAUGAAAAUCAAUUAAAUGAAGGUGUUGGAGACUCAAAUGAUAGUGAAACGUAUACUCUGAAUAUUAAUAGACAAUAUAUCGUUGAUAUCCUUCUUGAAUUCAUGAAUAUCAAUUCUAAUGAACCAUCUGAGAAGGAGGUUCUUAUUGCUGUCUUCUUAGCGUUAAAUAUACCCAAAUAUCCUCAAUUUAUUCGCGUAUCCAGUUAUUAUCUGGACAUUAUUGUUCAUGUUAUAUUAUAUUCCAGAUCAACUGUAGAGAUGUCGUUAGCUGAGUCUGCUAUAGAAGCAUUGUUGCCGCUAUAUGAACCGUCAAAUGUAGAAUCAUUUGUUCUUCAACUUAAAGAAAAUAAGUUUUAUUUUUUAUUGAUGACUUAUUACAAGAUAAACAAGAGAAUCUCUGAUAUGUUCAGUAUUUGUUUCUCUGGUAUUGAUAUAUCCUUAGAUGAAAGUGCGGUAUUAUUAAACGACGCAAUCAAGUAUAUUCUACAAUUUGAUUUAAAGAAUUCAAACCCCUUAGAGUACUGCAAAAUUACUGAUAUUUUUAAAAAGAAUUUCAAUACGAUUUUGAAGUAUAUUGGUACCGAGAAGGUUGUGGCGUAUGUUAAUAAACUAAAUCCCUCGAUACACGAUUGUAUUUUGUCUAUUGGCUCGGAUGUAGAAAGUGAAAAGCUUCAAAUACAGUACUUAGAUAUAUUACUAAGCAACACUACAUCUAUUGCCCUGCAGGACUCCGAUUUGAGUAAAAAAUACAUUAGCCUCUCAUGUAAAUAUGACACGCCAGACGAAUUACAUCAAUGGUUGAAAAAGCUAGAUUUCGAAGGUUUGAGUACAAGUACUAUUAACGACAUUAAUGAAAAACUGACUGCCAAAAAUGACUACGAAGCACUUGCAAUUAUUUAUUUCAAUCAGGCUGACUACGAAAAAUCUGUACAAAACAUGGUGAUUUGUAUUGAUAUUUGGUUUUUAAAUGAUAAAAUUGAUAAAAAGGAGGAAAAGCUGAUUGAUCUAAUUAAUUAUUCAAUCCGUUCGUCAUCACUGGUAAGAGAUCAUGAAACGAAACAAAGAUGUUGGAUUCAGUUGCUAUCUUGUUUGGUGAAACAGUACAGCAGAAAGUUAGGGACCAGUGGUAGUGGUGUGGGGCUACCUGAUAAACAAAUUAUUAAUAAAUGCAUUCAGUAUUUAUUUGUGAAAUUGUCCUUCAUAGAAAAUGAUUCAUUGAAUAAUCAGCAUGGGAAGAAAGUGGACCCUAGACAAACUAAUUUUUGGCAUAUAUUGGCAGGUGUUCUUGAAGAACAGGAUAUCAUUCUAAUGAAGGUACAUGACAUUAAUGAAUUACUUCAAGAGGUUUUUACCACAUAUAAUCUUGAGGAGCAGAUUUCAAAGUUAAUACUAAACAUUUUAGAGCAGUCUUCGUCAUUAAUUGUAGAGCAAUACCGAAGCUCCUUAAAACAAGGCUGGUCACUUAUCAACAACGAAUGUGAGGUUUGUGGUAAAAAACUUUGGGGCAUAGAUUUGGAAUCUAAGAUUGCUCGUAUCUGGGAAGCCAAGAGAAGGGAUGAAAAAAUUCCGAAACCAGAGAUAUUUAAUGGGAAGAUAGUACUGUUUAGAUGUAAUCAUGGUUUUCACACGAAAUGUCUGGAAAAUUUGGGACAGAAAACUAAGAGAUAUUCGUGCUUAACAUGUCAUGCGGACAAUUCAUAA